GCCUCGCUUUCACUUUCGGCCGCUGCUGCUGUGGAAAAGCCCCGAGACGAGGGCAGGAAGGAAAAGAUCGCGCAGAGCUGCAUCUCCUCCAAAGCCAGGAUGGAAGCUCCUGUGUGUCUGAUUGAGAACAGGAAAAAUCACCUCCAUGUUUCUCCGGUGGCCCUUCAGUUGCUCUCAGACAUCCGGAAUCCGGUGGUGGUGGUGUCCAUCGUGGGACCGUAUCGCACGGGCAAGUCCUACCUGAUGAACAAGCUGGCUGGCAAAAAUUCAGGUUUCCCUUUGGGCUCCACAGUGGAAGCAAAAACGAAAGGAAUCUGGAUGUGGUGCGUUCCCCAUCCGGACAGGCCUAACCAAACCCUUGUCCUGCUGGAUACUGAGGGAUUAGGUGACACAGAAAAGGGCAGUCCUGAAAACGAUACCUGGAUCUUCUCUUUGGCCGUGUUGUUGAGCAGCACCCUGGUCUACAACAGUGUGGGGACCAUUGAUCAGACUGCCAUGGACAAGCUUCAUUUUGUGACGGAGCUGUCUGAACAUAUCAAGGCCAAGUCUUCCUCCACUCCUGGAGAUACAGAUGACACUUCUGAAUUUGUUGGCUUCUUCCCAACCUUUGUCUGGACUGUGCGAGAUUUCACACUGCAGCUGCAACGGGAUGGGAAAUCCAUCACAGAGGAUGAAUAUCUUGAAAAUGCUCUGAAAUUAAAAAAAGGUGACAGCAAGAAGGAGCAGGCAUUCAAUCUGCCACGGAAAUGCAUCCGACUGUUCUUCCCCACCCGGAAGUGCUUCGUCUUUGAUUGCCCUACUACACGUGAGAACUUAUGCAAUGUGGAACAGAUGUCGGAUGAUCAGCUGCACAAAGGUUUUGUGGAACAAGCAAAGAAAUUCUGUCAUCAUAUCUAUGAAACAUCUCAAGAAAAGACUCUUCCAGGAGGGCACAUUGUCACUGGCAACUUGUUGGCAAAGCUAGUCAAGACCUAUGUGGAUACUAUCUCCAGUGGGAACGUUCCCUGCCUGGAGAAUGAAGUCUUGGCCUUGGCAGAGAUUGAGAACCGGGCAGCCAUGCAGGAAGCUGUUGCUCACUAUGCUCAACUGAUGGAACAAAGUGUGGAGCUACCCACUGAGACUCUCCAGGAACUCCUGGAUGUACACAAAAAAAGUGAGGAACAAGCCCUCAAGAAGUUCAUGGCUCGUGCCUUUAAGGAUGAUACACAUCAAUUCCAGGCUGAAUUUGUGGCAACUCUGGAUAGCAAAAAGGAAGAGUACUGCAGCAAAAAUGAGCGGGAAUCUUCUAAAAUCUGUUCAGCUUUAUUGAGCUCACUCUCUGAGAACCUGGAGCAGAACAUCAAGAACGGAAGCUACUCCCGAUCUGGUGGCCACCAGGAAUUUGUAAAUGACCUCCAAAAAGUGGAGAAACAAUUUUUGGAGACACCUAAGAAAGGAAUAAUGGCAGGGAAAAUCCUGAAAGAAUUCCUCCAGAGCAAGGAAAACAUCAGCAAAACCAUCCUUCAAAGUGAUGUGAGCCUUCAAGAGAAAGAGAAGGAAAUAGCAGAUGAAAAAAUGAAGGCCAAAGCCAAAGACCUAGAGGAUGAGGUCCAGAGGCAGAAAAUGAAAAUGCACCAACAGAAAGAGGAGGGUCAGAAACAGAGUUAUAUGAUGAACUGUCAGAAGCUAAUUGAGAAGAUGGAGAAAGAAUGGAAACAGAUGAAGAAAGGGUAUGAGAGGAUGAUCCAAAGCAAACUCAAGGAACAGAAGGCUUUCUUGGCAGAGGGUUUCUGGAAGGAUGCAGACCAACUGAGCCCGGAAAUCCAGCUGCUCGAAGCCCGAAAGAAAGCUGCGGAAAGAUCAAGACAGAUCAAAGAAGCUCUUGGUUUAUUUUUUGAAGCAGUCAUUAUUGCAUUGCCCAUAAUUCUUCCGGUAGUUGUGAAAUUGAUUAUCCAUUAAAAAGGUGUUGAGAGUGCAGAGAAGAACAACAAAGAGGAUCAGGGGAGUGGAGGCUAAAACAUACAAAGAACAGCUCCUUGAAUUGGGUAUGUGUCAACUCUGAAGCUGGCCUGGCUGAAGCCAUGUUGGAGUUUCAGUGCAAUGUCACACUGGAGCUGCGGGUUAGGAAGGAGGGAUUAGAGAUAGCUUGGGUUUUUGUAUCCAUAAUAAAAUACAAUACUUUGCUUG